AUGUUCACAAAAGGAUUCGAGACACCAAAGAUAUUUCGUGGACCUAAUUCAAAAGCCAUCGAUUACAUUCAUCGAACAGUUUUAAUUCUAAAUCAGUCUUUACCGCCACCAAAUUACAUUUUGAAUUUGAUUGGAAAAAUUGAGAUUUAUGCCACUCCAAAAAAUACAAAUAAUCGAAAUAUGAACAUUCUUGAUAGUAGUAUUAAUACCUCUGAUGGUAGUUUAGAUAAAAGACGUGACAAUUCUUUAUUAUCGGCAUUAUCAUCUUAUUUAUUAUCACCAUAUUCAAGUAAUUACGAAUCUUCAAGAAGUGCACCUACAGAAGAAGAAAUAGAAUGUACCAUGUGUACAGUUGACUGUGUUAAAGCAUGUCACUUGGAUGACAUAUUUGCUGAUAUAAGGUUUGCACUUAAAUUUAUUGCAGAUGGAAAUACAACAACAAAAACCAGUAAUAAUAAUAAUACCACCACUACUAAAUUAUCUUAUCCACCAACACCUCAUACCACAUACUCACAACGACAGUCACCGAAAAGCAGUUCCUAUGAUCCUGCUGCUGUAUUCUUUCUUGAACUAAUGAUAAACGUUACAUUACAAAAUCGAGAUAGAAUUCAAUAUUUAUGGCCAAUUCUAUUUGGACAUAUAACCGAUAUUUUAAAAGAAUCUCAAAAUAAUAGUAUUCUGUUAGUUGAGAGAACAGUUGUUGCAUUGCUUAGAUUGUGUAUUCGUCUGACACAUAAAGAUGAAAUGGUAUUUGAUAUCUUGCUAGCAUUAGAACUAUUAGCGACAUUACCACAUGACGUAAUAAAUUCUGUUG